GAUCUUAGCCGAGAGCUAACAGGUCUCGCCAGAGCUCAACAUGCAGCCAGUGAAAUUGGAAAGGAUACUAAUUCUGGCAUUUACUUCCACUCUAGAAUUUUUGCAGCAGCUUGUGACAACGCAGCUAGACACAAAUCUCAAUCGAUCGCCCAUCCUAUCAUUCGUGUAGUACCGGUUUUUUUCUUACGUUUGUAUAUAUCUUUGCUGUGCGUGCUUUGCUUCGUGUUUACUGUCGUAAAGGACGCUGUUGUUAUGUUGUUAUGUAGUUAAACCAUCAGGUAACAAGUAAACAUGAAAAGCGGUGUGUUAUCCAGCUGCGAGAAGUCGUUUGUCCUUCAGGCUUUGACUGAAGGGAGGAGACUUGAUGGGCGAGCUUUUAAUCAGCACAGAGAUCUGAAAAUCUUUUUUGGCAGUGAUCUGGGUUGCUGCCAAGUUUUAUUGGGGCUGACCAGGUAUGACGUCCUUAAAAUUACAUUUGUUUUUCAGCUGGUUUUUUUGCCUCAUGUAAAUGUUUUUCACUGUUUUAGAGUUAUAGCACAGGUGUCCUGUGAAGUUCAACAACCCAAACCAACCCGUCCAGAGGAAGGUCUGCUUCUAGUUUAUGUGGAAUUGAGCCCUAUGGCUGCACCUGAUUUUGAGGCAGGACGACCAUCAGACCUUGCCGUUCAGUUGAGCCGGGUUUUGGAGAAAUGUAUUAAAGACAGCAGGGCUGUUGACUUGGAGUCUCUGUGCAUCAAAAGUGAAGAAAAAGUGUGGGCACUUCGUGUGGAUAUAACAGUAUUAAACCAUGAAGGAAAUUUGGCAGAUGCUGCUUCUGUUGCUGCUCUGACAGCAUUGGGUCACUUUCAGCGCCCAGAUUUUACUGCUGAGGGUGGCAAAAUAAUCAUCCAUAGUGCAGAAGAGAAAGACACAGUACCAAUAACGCUUCAUCAUUACCCAGUAUGUGUCUCCUUUGCUGUGUUCAACAAUGGGGAGCAUGUAGUGGCAGAUCCUACGGAGCUAGAAGAACGUGUUGCUGAAGCUCAUAUAGUGUUCGGUAUGAAUUCAUACCGUGAGCUUUGUGGUGUUCACUUGGGAGGCAGUGCACUUGCAGAUCCUGAGAUGAUUAUACAGUGUGCAAUUCAAGCUGCCGUACGUGCAUCUCGAGUUGUAGAGAUAAUACGGAGUGCCUUGGAAAGUGAUGCCAAAGCCAGGACUGAAGGAGCAGACGUUGGCUUUGUUAAAAGCAUAGAAAAAGAUAGUCUACUGUCCUUAGUGCGCGAAAAUGUAAACAUCUGUCUUGAUGCCACUGAGCUAAGGACAUCUGCAGUGAAUGCUGUUGACAAACUGAAUGACUUUAGAGAAGAUAUGGAUCUGGAUUUGAAUAAUGGUGAAGUGGGAAGGACUAAGGAGGAAAAAGUAAUUUUCUUGGGUAAUGGCACAGCUGAACUGGUGGAAGUCAAAGAAGAAAAAAGACAAAACAAUGUAAAGACAGAGGUCGAGGAAGUGGGAACAGGAGGACCGAGCAAGUGGGAAGUGUCCAGCAGCAGCAGCAGUAUUGAAGAAGUUAGCAUUGACAGUGAUCAGUCACGUGAGAAAGAUGAUUCACCAGACAUUGAGGUAGUCAAGGAAGUGAGCUUUGAGGAGAGGCUGAAAAUAGUUGAUAGCAUUGAACUGAGUGGCGACAGUGAAGAAGAGGAAACUAGUGUUCUACACGCAGAUGACAUUAAUGAAGUUAUGGAAGUGGAAAAGAAUUCACGGAAAGCAGUAAAGGAUGAAGAAGUAGAAGAAAAAGAAACACCUAGCAGAGGAUGGUAUAAAUCAAAGUGGUAGCAAAUGUAUCUUUCCUACAAAAACGUGUCAUACAAUGUACAAAAUGUGAAAUUUUUUAUUGUAAUGUUGACUGUUUUGUCUGAGAUAUGUUUCAUCUUUGUUGUUAUAAAGAUUUUUGGCAGAUACAAA